AUGGUUCUUUUCUCAAUCAUAGUUACCGUUCGUGGUUCAACGAAUUCUAAUACAUUUAGAGGUGUUUUAUUAAUAGCAAAAACAAAAACCAAUCAAAAAAUUGUUGGAACUUGGUCAGUCGUUGGUUCAAAUAUUCAAACACUUGCUUGUGGUGGAAUAAGCAAUACUGGCAUAACUCAUAACUCACGUUCUGAUAAAUCAUCAAUAAAAGCAAUAUGGCAUCCACCAUCAACUGUAAUCACAGACUCGAUUGUUAUUAGAGCAACAAUCGUUCAAUCAUUCAACCAAAUAUACGCUGAUUGUUCUAAUAUUGCAUUAACUGCGAAAUCUACAAAUACAGCUACCACUGUAGCAGGUGGUCAAGACCAUGUUUUUGUCUGCAGACGUGCAGCUAACGAUAAAAUUUCAGUUGCUCGUGGAAUUAAUCCACUUGGUAAUACACCAACAGUGUUAGCCGGUACGACAACAAAUCUGGGUGGUAAAUUAACUCCAACUUCACUGGCGCUCCGCAAUGGUAUCGUUUAUUGUGAAUUUAAUUUAUCAAAUUUUAGCCGUUCAAAACGCCAACGACGUGCUGUUUCUCCACUGUCUCAAUCGAAAACUUAUUUUCCACUUAUAGCUAGUGGAAAUUUAGAUAGAUCAGGAGUUGAUUUAACUAGACAAGCUAUUUAG